GUGAAUCUGUCUUCGCAUGACAGUUAAGCCGAAGUAAGCACCGUUCAACGCAGAAGCAGUGCCAUGUAAACUUGCGAUGGAUUGUACACAGUCUAGGAUUACGAUUUGACGCGAUUGUGAAUGGAAUAUACCUCUGAAAUGUGUGUCUGUAUUCAAGUAAGGGUCGACAAUUUCGACUGAAGAGGAUAUGUAAAACGGUGCCAAGUUUGGCCUGGGAUAUCAUACCACUAUGGGCCGCUUUUCAACUUUACCAAAAGGACUCUGUGGAAUAUUAUUCGUGGGAUUUUCAAUUUUCUUCAAUGAUGUUGCUGCAAAUGGUAAUUUCCUCUAUGUGAGCAACGGCACCAACAUUAUCAAAAUCAACCGACUCAACGGAGCCAUGGCAUCUGUCUUCUACCAGGAUGAUGGAAGGAUAAUCGGCUUGGCGGCAGACAUAGACGACGGCUGGCUCUUUUGGUCAGAUAUCAGCUCACGACAGAAGUCAAUAUAUCGGUCUCGACUGGAUGGAACUGAUGUCACAGUUAUCCUCAGAGAUGUGGAGGAAUGUAACGGACUGUCUGUGGACUGGCUCUCAAAUCAUGUCUACUGGACUGAUGCACAGAAACAAACCAUUGAAGUUGCCAACUACGACUGAAGUGGCCGCAGGAUUUUGAUUGGCUUUGGCCUGGACAAACCAGGUGGGAUCGUUGUGGACCCUGUGUAUGGAUAUGUGUUCUGGGCAGACCAAGGCUCCAAGAAGAUAGAGAGGGUGUGGUUGGAUGGGAGUCACCGGACUGUGUUGGUCAACAACAACCUCCACUGGCCCAACCAGCUGGAUGUUAGCUAUGGCACGAGACGGCUUUACUGGGUUGACCAACGGAAACAGCACAUCAUGUCCUGCAACAUUGAUGGCAAGGAUAUCAGCAAGGAGCGAGACCUGUCCAAGAUUGCCAACAGUGACCCAGUUUUUGGACUGGUGGUGUUUGGUAACACUGCUAUCUUCAGUACAUGGUUCAGUGCUGGGAUCCACUCAACCCUUGUAGCUACGCGACUCAGCUGGAGGGAUGAAACCAUUGCAACACUGUCUGGAAGUCGAGAACUCUUCAGUCUGGUUGCCACCACUCAUUCCAUGCAGCCACCUAGUAACCACCCAUGUGGCCAGGAGGAUCGCGGUGGGUGUUCUCACCUGUGUCUGCCAACAAGGGGGACCUCAUACAGGUGUGCCUGUCCAUCCUUUGGGGGCCUUGCACUCAGCUCCAACAGCAAGAGCUGUGAAGUGCCAAGUGAGCUGCUGUUCUUCACCCUGAAGAACUCGGGGGACAUUGGCUUUAUCUCUCUGACUGGUGGACAGUCACCUGACCUGACCCUUGUCGGUCGCAGCCCCAGUCCCAGCGCUGUCAGCUAUGACCCUAUUGAACAGUUUGUCUUUUGGAGUGACACAAAAGAAAACAUCAUCUACCGAACAAGUCUGGAUGGGUCGGAGAGGGAGGUGUUCCUCAACUGUUCUCAUGGUGUGGGUGUUGUUGAUGGGCUGGCAGUGGACUGGGAGGCCCGCAGACUCUACUUCACCAACAUGGGGCAUUCUACCCCGAGCCUUGACGGAGUUGUCUACUCCUGGCAUCGCAUUGAGGUCAUCAGUCUGGACGGCCGCAACAGGAAGACGGUGGUCACAGAUGUUGAGAGUCCUCGCGGUCUGGACCUGGAUAUCAGGAAUGGAUUUUUGUUUUAUGGGGAUUGGGGCAAGAAGCCCAAAAUUGUGGCAGCCUUAUUGGAUGGCUCAAAGGGGCAGAUAAUCCUUGACAGUGGCUUGUCCAACCCCAAUGGGCUGACUUUCUACAAUGGUCACUUGUACGUUGCUGACUCCAACUUCAACAACCUCACGUCCUCCCCUCACCUCAUGGUGUAUGACGUCUACACAGCAACAUGGCAGCAACUGAAGCUCAGCACCAAUGUGUCACUGCCGAUGGGUCUUGCUGUGCGAGGAGACACUCUGUACUACACUGACUGGGUUUCUAUGGAGAGUUCCACUGGCUACCUCAAGUCGUAUGACCUGCGGUAUGGGGUGGACAACACCGUGAUGUUGACCGGACAGAAGCCUACUGGUCUCCACUACUCCCCUCUGGCCAGACGGAGACAAGAAGCUGCUGAAGGGUCAUGUGAACAUACCGGAUGCAGCAAUGAGUGUGUCCGAGUUCCAUCAUCACCUGCUCACCCUAUGCAGUGUAUGUGCCCUGACGAGUCAGCCAAGAUCCUCACCAGCAACAAAGUCACCUGUGACAGACCCCAGAACUUCCUGUUGUAUGCUGACCUUAACACCUUGAAACUCAACAGCCUUGACCCUGACUCAGAGGAAGCAACACACACGCUGCUGUACAGCGACAUCAAGAGCAACUUCAUUGCUGUUGCCUAUGAUGAGAGAACUGACACCAUCUACUGGAGUGACGUCAACAAGAGAGCUAUCUUCUCAUCUCCCUUCAAUGACAUCAGUCCCAAGCUGGUGUAUCAGAGCACCCACUAUGUUGAUGGGCUGACCAUUGACGGUGAUCGUCAGAGGUUGUUCUGGACCGGCUACCUCAAUAACGGUUCUGGCGUCAUUGCACGCAUCAACCUCCAGCGAGGGAAGUCAUCCUACCAUGAGAUAGUCACCGGGCUUCACAGUCCCAGGGCAAUUCUACACAUCCCCAAGAAAAAGCUGCUAUUUUGGACUGAGUAUGGUACAAAGAAGUCUCCUCCAAGUGUCCACAAGUCUCGGGCCAAUGGCAAGCACCACAAGGUGAUCAUGUCCGAGGGCCUUGUCUGGCCCAAUGCCCUCACAGUGCAGGGGAACAAGCUGUUUGUGGGGGAUGGAUGGGGAAAGGUCUUUACGCUCAAGUUUGAUGGGAACGACGUGAAGGAGUUGACGUUUCUCACUGGAGCCUCCUUCCACAUCUUUGGCAUGGUCGUGUUUGAGAACGCCCUCUUCUACUCAGACUGGCACACACACAGUGUUUACAUGGUUGACAUGGUGACUGGAGACCAGGAAACCAUAGCAACACAUCUCUCCAGACCUACAGCUGUUGUCAUCUACCAUCCUGCAAGCCUCAAAGAAAACAGCCUGUGUACAUCAAGUGAGGAGGAGCGUGUGUGCAGCAACAUCUGUGUGCCUGUCCCUCGCUCAUACCACUGUACCUGUGAUGUGGGGUCCAAGCUGGCAGCAGACGGCAAGAAUUGUAUACAGAUGUCCAGUCCCUGGGAGAUGACGGAGGAGUUCCGGUGUGGCCAAGAUUGUGGUGACAAGGCUCACUGUGCACAGCUCAUCCCGGAGCUCAAGUACCAGUGUGUUUGUCAGGGAGGGUAUCAGGGAGACGGCUUUGAAUGUGAAUCAUGCGGCCAAGACUCAUUCAAGGCAUUCCUUGGCAACAGCACAUGUAUCCAGUGCCCUGUUGGCAUGACGACCCGCGGUGCUACCUCCGCCACAGAAUGUGUAUGUGAGGACAGGUAUGCCCACAACAGCAAUGGAACGUGUGUCUGUAAGACUGGUUCCCAAGUGAAGCAAGAGUACAGCAUUGGCUUCAACGGUCCCUGUGACCCUGGUGACGACUAUCUCAAGACAGAACUGAGGGAUGCAGCGCUGCGUUAUUUAGCUCGCUAUGGCUUAUGUCUCACACAUCAUUGUCAAUUUACUGACCUCACUAUCAGGUGUAUUGAGACUGGCACCAAGAAACGUUGGUUCAACACAAAGCAGUUCCAGCUCAGGUGGAACAUCACUUACAAUGACUGCACUGGUCUGAAUGGGCAUGCCAUAACCAAGGACUUGGUCAAUAUUAAGCAUAAAUUGGAGGAUCUGGCUUUGACCCUGAAGGUCAGCUUGGAUGAGCAGCAGUACUCCACCAUCCCUGGGAAUGUGAGGGUGUCCACACCACACCAUGCCUGUCUGGCAGACAAGUAUCAGGGGAGCUGUGGAAAGUCUCCACCUCCUGUCAUGACAACAGAAGCUGCCAUGACAUCAGAAGAGAUGACGUCUGCUGAGAUCAUUGUCUCAUCAUCUGCAGAAACCAAGGCAGCAACUGAUGCAACGACUGAAAGGUCUAGACACAUGACCUCUGAAGAGGUCACUGAAGAUGAUCUCGACUUGGUGACAAUGGACGAGGUGACGGCUGAAAUGACGGACAGCUUGGUGACCACUGCUCCAAGUAUUGUUCGUUCAGAGGUGACAACUGCAUCAGUUAUGAUCAUUACUGAGAAAAACCAGGAGGUGCAAGUUGCUCGAGGAAGGCCUUACUUUGAGGGGAUGCCCCCAGGGGGAGUUGAAGUUCAUGGAACUAGACUCCAACAGCAAGACAGUAAAGCUGUCCACAGACUCACUCAUAGCUAUGGAUUCCUAUGGCAGCCUACCCCAAUCAACUCCAACUAUCCAAUCACAGAUGGCCACAUCACACUGCCGUGGCAAGCCAAUGGGAAAUCAGGACAGCACACAGUGUUGUUCCAAGCUGAGGACAACUGGAAGCAGAAGACUACCUGUCAGUUCCAGGUGAUCAUCAAUGACUCCAUCCCACCAAAGUUCACCUAUUGCCCGAACAUCAAGCCCAUCAAUACCAACCACCACCGCCAGAAAGUCACAUGGAAUAUCCCAGUGGCCACUGACAAUGUGGAAGUGCCAACAGUGACAGGGUCACACAAACCUGAUACUGAGUUCAAACAAGGGUCCACCAUCGUCAACUACACCGCUGUAGACAAGGCAGGCAACACAGCUGUAUGCAACUUCACCAUAAUGGUCAUUCAAAAACAAAGCUGUACCCUUCCUUCCAUCGAUAAUGGUGCCUUUGUGUGUGGCCAUGACCACACAAAGGUCGACAACUGCUACAUUGCAUGUGACAAGGAUUUUGUCCUUCACCCUGUCAUCACCUUCUCACGACCUUUCAACUGUAUGGUGGUCAAGGACAUAGUUCAGCUAACCAGCUUGCUGCAAUAUCACGAGCCAUGUCUACGUAAGAGACGACCUCCAGUAGUGAGGCAGGAGUUCAGCCUCAGUUUCAAUGGCCCCUGUGACCCUGAUGACAACAGCCUGAAAGCUCAGCUGUCCGUAUCAGUCUUGGAGUACCUGGAUAACCUCAACCUCUGUCAGAGGUGCACCUUUGGGAACGUCACCAUCCACUGCGGCCCCACCACCACAAAACAACGCCGCUACGUGGAGGAUCAGUUUUAUGUCAAGUGGAACAUCACAAUCGACAACAGCAACCGGGCCCAUGUGGAGUCUGUCCUGAUGAACAUCAACCUGAUGCUGGUCAAGCUGGCUAACACCCUGUCCUUCAAUGUGGGUGAACAGCAGUACACCUCUGUCCCAGGAGCUGUGCGCACCACUCCCCUGCAGUUGGUGUGUCUCACUGGUGCCAUGCGCUAUGAUGAGGGUUGUGUGUCGUGCCCAGUGGGAACCCUACACAACACCAGCACAGGCCGUUGUGCUCUGUGUCCCCGGGGGUACUACCAGGACAAGGAGAGGCAGACUCAGUGCCAGCGCUGCCUGGAAGGAUUCACCAAGGAGGAGGGUGCAGUGGGCCAUCCUCAAUGUGUAUCGUUACCCUCCAUUGAUGAGAUGAGUAAGUUCCUGAUCAUCACGGCCUGCACAUUUGGCUUUGUGUUCCUGUGUAUGGUCAUCUUCAUGUACACACAGUAUCAGCGCCAACAGAAACAAGCCCGGAAGAGUCUUGCCCUCGCCAAUGCAUCACGAUACAUGAUGCCCAACAUCUAUGUCGCUCCGCCACCGCUUCCAAAGUCUGAGUUCAUUGAAAAGCCUUCUGACACCCGAGAUUACCUUGGUUACCAUGACUAUGAAGAUAUUGAUGGGGCUGCGAACACUAAAGCAACUUUUGAAGCCUUUUACCGCACCCCUCAGUCCCAGAGAGACUCCAUGAACUCCUUCAAGACUGCAAGUGACAUAGUGUAUCGGAUACCACCGUCGCCCUCCCCAAGGGAGUCAUCAGGGACUAACUCUUUCAAGGCCUCUGAUGACACAUUGGUGCCCAAUUCUCCACGAGAGUCUACAAAAUCCUUCCGGUCAAAUGAAGGGUUUUAUAACUAUAAGCCCCCUAUGUCACCUCGGGCAUCAACCAACUCAUUCAAGUCGUCACCUGAGUCGCCCUAUCGAAGCCCCCAGUCUGUGAGAGAGAUGAUUGGAAUCCACCGCUCUCCACCAGAGUCUCCUUAUCGGAGUCCACACAUGCAGCGCACGUUCCGAGGAUCACCAGAAACUCCACACAAGUCCUUCCGAGGAUCACCAGAGAUGCCCCACAGGUCCUUCCGUGCCUCCCCGGAAAUGCCUCAUCGGAGCUUAUCAAACAAUCGUGAUGUAGUCAUCAUGCCCGGCACCUUCAAAUCAAACAUGGAGUCGCCCUAUCGCAGUCCCAACCUGCCAAAAGAUGGUCAAAGUUCAUUCAAGCCUCUGAGUGAUUCUCUGUACAAGCGCCCACCAUCUCCUAUCUCCCCCUCCACAUCCAGCCGUGUGUCCAGUGAUUCCCUCUACAGACCCCCAUCUACCCCCAGGGCAUCCCCCAAUGCUUCCCGUGCUCGCCUUGAAGCCAUGUUCAGGACCCCUCCAUCUCAACGGUCAAAGAAAUCCAUCACCGAAAACAGUUGCUAUGAAUAUGAGUAGCUCUUUCUUUGAACUUUGAAAAGUGUAGAUGAAAAUAUUCUUCCAUUUUGUCUUGGAAUAAUGACAACUCUUUAAAGUGCAAUUUGGUCAGAUACAUUGAACACCACAGUGGUCUGUUAUACUCAAAGUUCCUCUUAAUGUGUUUGAAGUAAAAGUCUCUUGGGGAAAAGAGGCUAAAGUUCUUAACUCUUAAGGUGAAGGUCUCUAUGUAAUGGGAGAUUAUGAAGUCUGUGUCUGUGACUUCAUCUGUUAGAAGUGGGGACAGUUGUCACAAAGGAUAUGGAAUCUCUGUGUUACACUGUCAUUUAGCUGUCAUUUAUCACAGGAAUACUUCAAUGCAAGUAUUGUCUUGCCCAGAUUUGAUGUAUAUGAUGAUGAUGAUAAUUAUACUUAUUUAUGUACAUAUCUUUUGUUGCCAAGUGGCACUAACAAGAAGUUUGUUAUUCAGGAUUUUUCAUACCUGGAUGUAUUGCCAAUAAAAAUCAUUCAUUUUUCACUAAACCACAUCAGGAUUUCAAAAAGACUUUUUCAUUAUUGGGCAAGGUUAUUAGAUAUAAACCAGUUAGUAACCUCAAAGUGAUGUUUAACAUGAUACAUGUAUAUUGUGUUGUUGUGUUGAAACUUUAUGAAAUGAGUAAAUAAUUUGUUUUCUGUCAGUAAUCCUGAAAAAUCGUUGAGGGGGACCCCUUGUUUUGGUGAAAAUAUGAGCCCCUAUGGUUUGUAAACUAUUAGUUUGUCUAUAAAGCAGGACAAAAUGCCUUGGUUUAAAUUAUUCAUUGUUGCUGCAGAACCAUUUUCUUUUAGCCUUUACAACCCCAGUAUAUGUAUAUUUCUGUCUUUCUGUCUUUAUCUUGUAUUUGAUUUACUGAUCGAUAUUAUCUGCAUUGAAUCAUCACUGCACAUUUUGAGAGAGUUUACAAUGUUUUGAUAUUAAUGUUUAGUCCAUUUGGCACAAUGUUGGCCAAUCAUUAUUGUAUCCAUUGCAAUGGUGAGCAACUUAUUUCAUCCUAUUAUAUUACAUAAGAAUCAUGUGAUCAUACAUACAAGACCAUUGCUGACAACAAAACUUGAUGACAAUACUUGUUAAGGGCACAUAUGCAAUAAUAAAGUGCCCUCAAUGAGUAUAUCCAUCAGUGGUAUGACACCACACACAGCAUUUAAUUCAGUGUUUUUCAGUGUAAUGACAAAUUGACAAGAACAAUACUUGGCUUCCAUGGGGAUCAUCUCAAAAAUGAAUGUUUCAUUUCUGGUGUUGUAUGCUGUAUUUGCUUGACUUGAAUUUAUAAUUUAAAUUCAGCUACAAUUUAGUGUUUGGAAUUUCUCUUGAAACUAUUUUUAAAAAAUUAAGGAUCAAUUAAAUGCAUCUGAAAAAUGAGCUAUAAAGUUUUGAUUUGAUUCAUGAUAUCUACUGCGUCAUUACGCGCCUUUGUAUUUGGUACAGAAAGAUUUUUACAGUGUAAGAUAAGUGAACUUGCUGCUAAGAAAUGGAUUCAUUUGGUGUGUGCUAUUUCUUACUAGAAACUGAAAUAUGUGUUUAAAAGCAUGUUGGUGAGAAGCACAGAAUCAUAAACAAAGGCUCAAAAGUUUCAUUAUUUACAAACUGUGUAUGUAAUGAAAUGCUUGUGACAAGUGGUUUGUAUGUGCACAAUGUAAGUAUGUGUAGCACUGUGGUUGUGCGACGCUGUUGUGACGAGGUACUGGACCGAAGCAAUGUCUGUAUGUAGGACGUCAGUGUCUUCAUCUGCUGGGGCAAAACAUGUUUCGUGCCUUUGGUUCAAAUCAUCACUUUUGUAACAUUUUAUCAUUUAAAGAUGCUCAACUAGCAUAUUUGAGGACAAGUUACGUACAGAUUUAAUCUUUCCUGGAGCUCUGAUGGUCACAUGUUUCUACAUAUUACUGAUAGUGACAUGGUAUUGUAUGUACAUUAUAAAAUAUUGGUGAUAUUCACACUGAUUAAUACUAUGAUACUUGUAUAGAGAGGUGUUCUGUUCAUCAAAUGAAACAUACUGAUAUCAAUCAUCAUAUCAACUUGAUACUAAGAUGCGUAUUAGACAUCAAUCAAGAACUGAUAGCUAGACUAGCAUCGGAAAUUAGCAGAGGAUGUCUACUUGUACACAGUGACACCUACCAUGUUGGGUUACAUUUACAUUUAGUUAAUGCAUGUCAGGUUCUUACAGGGAUGGUUUAACUGGGGAAAGGAAGGAAAGAAAUCAAGACAGCACAGCAUACAUCUUGAAUUGUUUGAUUGUACUACAUGUUUUAUUGUAGUCCACAUUUCCAGAUUCUCAAGUCCUAGGCAUCAGGCCUAUUUAUAACGUCAUCUCUAAGAUAUCUAGAGACACACCACUUCCUAUAGUGGGUUCCCCUAGCCCUACAGUGGUUGGUGUUGACAUCAGUAGCACUGAGACAUCAUCUACAUCCUAUGCAAGCAAACUGCUGGUAGCUCUAGGUGUUUGCAUCAUCUCUGAAAGUCAACAUUCAGACUGACAGUAACUGCAAGCCAGUUUUCAAUGCAAACAGUUUUGAUAUAUAGCUGUUUAAGUUGCCAAUGACAUGCAUUUUAUCAUAUUGAUAAUGCAAUUUCAUUAUGAAAAUUUUAGCAAACCCAGUUGGAGGUGCCCCUAUUAUUCUUGGGUUGUGUUUACAAAAUACCAAGAUGUCUAGAACUUUGUCUUGGAGAGGAUUAGCUUGGACUACUUAUGAAAAGUCCACACACGGUGCUGAGUGUUAUGUUACCAAAGAGAGGGUGAAUGCUUUUGAUACAAAUUUUGAGUAGAAAUCAGGACAUUAUUUUGUGGUACUUCUGUAAGAUAUUCAGAAUGAGUUUGUUCAAAUGGAACAAAAAGACAGGAUUACUUGAAUGAUGAUUAUUCUGCUUUAGGUGAGAAGUGUUGCUUUUAUUUAAAAAGUCAUGUCAGUUUCAUAAAUAUUUCAUGCUUUGGAAAAUAAGAAGAUAUUGGUUGUGUUGUUACAGCCGUCAUGUAGUGAAGGUUGUCAUCAUUGCAAUAUGUAAUUAACCAUGAAGAUAACUUAUUCAUUUGUUACUUUCUAUUUACAAUGUGCAUUCAUCACAUAAUCAAGGAUAUUUAUAACUAUACAGCAUUUCUUGUCCGAGUCUCCUUGUUGGUAUAUAGUUCUGAAAUCUGAUACAGUAUAGUAAUAUGUAUAAGUGGCUUUGUGUUAUGUUUACUUAGUAAACCAAAACAAUUGAUGUUUAUGGCAGUAUUUAAAUGGCUAUUGUACAAGAAUCUGCAAUAAGCUAGAAUGGUUUUCAUUUUGCGGUGUGCAGCAAUGUAACCUUGUGGAGACUGAAUGUGUGUAUAUUGUUCUAGUUGUUGGCUGUACUCAAUUCAUGUGUUGUGCUGGAACCUGCCUGCCUGCAGCUAGACCAGGCAUGUAUGUAAAUAAGUGACGUAGAAUCAACUUGUCUGCCUCCUGGUGACCUCCUGGCAGUAUCCAGGUCUUAUGUAGUCUGGUGUAGCACUGGACAUAUUGGGAUAACUUAACAAUGAUGUAAAGCUUCAGGAUGCUGAUCUACCAAAAAACAAGAGUUGUGUCAAUCUAAGGGCAUUCAAUACAACUCUAGUCAGGGUCAUGGUGAUCAGCCAUUUGAAUGAGGGUCUUAUAUAAUAUUCAAUACAGGAAUAAAAAUGUUGUAAUUUUGAGAACUGUCUUUGUUCAGAGCGUACACUUAGGCAGGUGUACAGUUAAAGAAAACCCUGAAAUAGAAGGCUAGCUUCAAAAGGUUUCUCUGUAAAUGAACGUGAUAUGUGACUCAAGACUUAAUCAACAUUGCCAUUUUGAUGAUAAGCUAUGGAAUCUUGUGCAAACUAUUGUUGUAGCUGUUGUGACUUUCUCCAAGUUGAUGGUGUAGUGUUGUACAUUGUAUGUCUGGAAGAGCAGCUGGGCUUGCUCGGUUGUACCACCACCUGUGUUCAGACUCAAUACUCUAGUGUUCUGUAGACGUUACAGUAUAUAUGUAUUCCACUGGCCAUAGAAGAUUGGAACUGAAUGGAAGUACACUGGUGAUGUCUCUCAUUUAACCUCUGUUUGAUGCCAAGAUUAUGGAAUAUCAUUUCUCACUGUAAAUCAAAGAAUAUUAUUUGAUCAUUAUUACAAAAUGUUGUUUAUCAUCAAUUUUAGAUUUGAUUAAUAAGAUUUUAAUAUUGUUUUCAAAUGUUAAGUCCUCAGUUUUUAUGUUUUGUAAUGUUAUAGUUUGUGUACAUGGAGUUUCAUGUAGGUUGUUUAUUAAGUGGGUUAUUGGACGUUAGUAGGUUCAUCAUUAGUUGAGAGACCAUCACUAAUGUUUCCUGGAAAUGAUGCUUCUGAAAUAUCAAUAAAUUUUGAGACUUUCCAUCCAA